AUGGCCGAAGCGGCUCCUCCUCCACCGUCUCUGGGCGCAACCCCGCCCGCCGUGGGCACUGCAGGCGUCGUAAGCAACAGCGGUAGCCCUGCGCCGUCCCCCGGUACGACCACCUUGUCCCAUACAACAUCCUCCACACCUCCUCCCACAGCAUCCCAAACACCCACGGCGUACCGUCCCUCGCCUGUCCGCUCGUUCACCGUGAGCAACCCUUACCUCGCGACAGUCAAGGGCCGAGCCACAAGCCAGCCGCCAUCCAGCGAUCGCCUCCCCAAUUCGUCACCAGGAUCUGGGCGAGGCAGCCCGGGUAUGAACGGCGGCAGCGGCAGUGACUUUGGUGUCAUUGGCGGCUCACGGACUCCCAACAGUGGCCGAGUGAGCAGUAGCAUGGCGGGGAUCGCUCCCCCAACGCGCGCAAACAGCUUUUCGGUGGCAGACAAGAUGGAUCAGAGAGCCCACCUCCACGGCAGUGGACAGUACUCUCCCCCCAUCGCCCCGGCAAACGUCUCACGUUCUCGCUCCCAGUCGUUGGCCACGAGUGUGCGACCCGACCGCAACUUUAUUGCUCCUCUCACAGCAGUAGAGUACUCGUCGUCCAGCGCGGGCUUCCGUUUCGAAGACAGCUGGCGCAAGGACAGCACCAACAUGUCGCCCUUCACCUCUGGCGUCCGCUCCUUUUUGGAGUCGGAGGAGAACCCCCAGCGUGCCCAGGCCGCUGCCCAGGUCGCCAGCAGCUUCCGUACGCCGCAAGAGACGUCGUUUGGUCAGCGUGCCUGGGCAUCGCCCACCACGACUGCUCUCACCACGUCGGUCGCCAAUGCCCUGGGCCCCCAACCGACCUACUCAUCCGUCGUCGGUGGCUUUGAGGAGGCAAACGGUGGGCGAUCCGGGACAUCGAGCCGCAGGCACUCUGUGUCUGUUGUUGGUGGCGGCCCGCGCCGUGGCUUUAGCUUCAACGAGCAAGGCAUGAGUACCCUGGGUGGUAACCGCACCCGUGGGAUCGGCUCGCUCGGGUUCACAGACGACGAGCUUCUAUCGGACCGCUUCGACAACGCCCUCAGUCUUCAAGUCGACGAAGGGCGUACACAGAGAAGCGACGCAGAGGGCGUGGCCAGCAGCCUGCCUAUUUUCGCCCCAAGCCUGACAGACCCUCCUCGGUCUGGCGCCGCCCGCGCCUCGGCACCUUCGACGGACGCCUACUUUGCUUCGUCGCCCGUGGCGGACAAGACGGAGCGUGGCCGAUUCUCCUUUGCGGACACGCGCUCGCGCUCGUCAUUCUCGGCGGCACCCUCGGGCGUCAGCCCUGAUGGAAGUGGUCGCGAGGUCCACCCUGGACCGGUCGGCGCGCCUGCCCGUGCCCCUCAGCAAGUCAACGCCAUGGGCUUUGACGGCCGCUUCGGAGGAAACCCCCACCAGCAGCAGCAGGCCCCCGGUGGAUUCCGUGGCGGACCGUUUGCCAACGCUCCGCCCCUCGGUGCCCCUGGUCCCAACGCAUUUGGACGUCCUCCUGCCGGUCCGUUCGCAUACUUUGGUGGCGGUAUGGGCCAGCCGGCCGCUGGUCGCCCACCUUUUGCUCAGAACGGCGGCUUUGGCGGUAUCGGUCCUGGCUUUGGCCCCACGUACCCCGCUCCUCCCCAGGGUCCUCAACCUGGAGCCCUCCCCACGGGCGGUUUUGGAUCAGCAAACUACUAUGCUCCCCCUCAGCCUCCUGUGCAGCAACAGCAGCAGCAGCAGCAGCAGCAGCAGCAACAACAGCAACAGCAACCGCCUCACUCCCAGACCUCCCCCUCGUCCUUUUCGUCGCUUUCGCUCGCCGACCUGGGCAAGGGUAUCCCCCUGGCAUCGCUCCCGCCGACCACGCCACUCUACAUUGUCACCUUUAAGGCUGGCCGUCGUGACGUCUUCUACUGCCCGGACCCGACGCUCCUCAUCUCGAACGGCGACCGUGUCAUCGUCGAAGCUGACCGCGGCUCCGACCUCGGCACGGUUGUCUUUGACCAGCUCACCCCCGUCGAGGUCCGUGAGUGGCAGGAGCGCCAGGCAACCGCCGCCCUUCUCUCGGGAGCGUCCCAGCACCAGCCGCCUGGCAUGGCCAUGGCUGGCGCGGCCACCACUGCCAACCCGGCGUCCGGCAACCAGACGCAGCACUCGCGCAACGGCAGCCACCCCGCCCGGCCUCUCGCUCCCGGCGCCACUGACUUUACCGAUGCGGACCUGAACACCCUGCUUUCCGGUGUCGGCCCCAGCGGUAGCCAGAUGGACAUGGGCGGCGGCGGCAUUGGCGCGCGCGGCCCACUCGCCAAGGAGAUCAUGCCGAAGCGUAUCUUUACAAAGUCGAGUGGUGGGCCCGAGGAGCAGGCUCGCAUGAUGGAGAAGCUCAAGGAAGAGUACGACGCCAUGAUGAUCUGUCGCGAAAAGGUCGCCCAGCGCGGCCUGCCCAUGCAGAUUGUCGAUGCCGAGUACCAGUGGGACCGCCGCAAGCUCACCUUCUACUUCAAGGCCGACAAGCGCGUCGACUUCCGCGAGCUUACCAAGGAAAACUUCCGCAUCUUCAAAUCACGUAUCUGGAUGUCCAUGGUUCCCAAGGACGACCCGCGCGUAUAA